AGUCUUCCGAUAGGAAAGUCGGUCAGUGAGAAUCCUCAGUUCCUGUCCGGGUCAGCCUCGCUUGAGGCCGCGAAGUUUGUUUGUGGGCAGCGGCCGCGAGGCCGGAGGGCAGAGCCCUCACUCGCACCAUGGCCCGAAAUGCAGAAAAAGCCAUGACGGCCUUAGCAAGAUUUCGUCAAGCUCAACUUGAAGAAGGAAAAGUGAAGGAACGAAGACCUUUCCUCGCUUCAGAGUGUACUGAGCUGCCCAAAGCUGAGAAAUGGAGACGGCAGAUCAUUGGCGAGAUCUCCAAAAAAGUGGCUCAAAUCCAGAAUGCUGGUUUAGGUGAAUUCCGAAUUCGUGACCUGAAUGAUGAAAUCAACAAACUGCUGAGAGAGAAAGGACACUGGGAGGUCCGGAUAAAGGAGCUGGGCGGUCCUGACUAUGGAAAAGUUGGCCCUAAAAUGCUGGAUCAUGAAGGGAAAGAGGUCCCAGGAAAUCGAGGUUACAAGUAUUUUGGAGCUGCAAAAGAUUUGCCUGGUGUUCGAGAGCUGUUUGAAAAAGAACCUCUUCCUCCUCCAAGAAAGACACGCGCUGAGCUCAUGAAAGCAAUUGAUUUUGAAUACUACGGUUACCUGGAUGAAGAUGAUGGUGUCAUCGUGCCUUUGGAACAGGAAUAUGAGAAGAAAUUCAGAGCUGACUUAGCAGAAAAGUGGAAAGCAGACAGAGAGGCCCGGCUGGCGAGAGGCGAAAAGGAAGAGGAAGAAGAGGAGGAGGAAGAGAUCAACAUUUAUGCUGUCACGGAGGAGGAGUCUGACGAGGAAGGCAGCCAGGAGAAGGGCGGGGAAGACGGGCAGCAGAAGUUCAUCGCUCACGUCCCAGUGCCGUCACAGCAAGAGAUUGAGGAGGAGCUUGUGCGAAGGAAGAAGAUGGAACUCCUCCGGAAGUACGCAAGUGCCACGCUGCAGGCUCAGAGUGAGGAGGCCAAGAAGCUCCUGGGAUACUAGGCCUGAGCUGGGGCCCUCCUGGGCCUGGCGUUCUGCUGGGAGUUCUUUCCCGCACUGCCCUGUAGCUCGCUCAGGGGGCUCUGUUCUCUUGGAGGGCAGGCAGGGAGCGGCUUCCCACUGCUGCUCACAUUCAUUCUUGUCUUGCCUUUUCAAACCUCAUCUACUGAUUCGAAGGUCGGGCCUGCCGCUGACUCCCUGGCAGGCUCUCGGGGGCCGAACGCUUCGACCAUUGCUUUUGUACAAAUAUUUUGCUACCAUUUAAGGCCACUUAUUUUUAUCUGGGGCUGUGUGAACUGGCUGCCUAUAUGUGCUUUAUUAUCCUUAUAUGUUUUGGUGGGAAGGGGAUCAACUGGAGACCAACACUUUAAAAAUGCAGUUUUUUAAAGACUUGUGUGUAACUCCUCUGGAAAUUGAGAAGCCACGGCAGCCUGAGUCCAAGCCCACAUGCAGUAGGCGCCAUGACGCCCUGGGAGCUGGUCUGCUCGCAGCUCUGCAAGGCCCUGCUCGGCCCGCCUCCGAGCCCAGGUGCAGGAACUUGAGUCUGCUCCUCCUGUCUCUGGCUCUACGGAGAGCUCUUUUUAUUAAAGAUUUUUAUAUGAAAGGG